AUGGCGAGCUCCGCGAGCGUGCGGCUCCCGCCCGUUGGCAGGCAGCUCCAGCCCGCGCUGGCGUGGGCGGAGGCACCCAGCGCGGCCCCCGCACCGAGGCCACCCUCGACUCCCCGGGUGGCCCGCGGGCGCCCCGUCCCUGGCGUCCUCACGCCCGGCAGGAUCCGCAGGCCUCUCGGGCUCCGGCUUCCCGGGCCUCCGGCUGCGUCGGCUCUCCACGACGACCUCCCCGAGCGGAAGAGGCUCCUCGGCGCGCCGCGCUGGCACGUGGCCGGGGCGCUCACGGCCCCCGAGCUGGGCAGCAUGGAGCUGGUCGAGGCCAUGAGCGGCCAGACUUGCGACACCGAGUCGGCCUCCGACCUCUCCGAGGAGUCCCCGAGGUCUUCCAAGCCGGGCGCCGGGCGCCAUCGGACCGGCCAGGUGGCCCGCGAGGACCAGCGGCCCUUCUCCAGGUCGGGCCGCGUGCGUCCCAGUGGUGAGCCCUGCCAGCUGGAGGAGGACCGCAGGCCCGACCGACCUCGGCGGCCGCAGGCCCAACGCGUCUGGGCGACCGCGAGCGCCCCCGGCCAGAGGCCGCCCAGCCUCGACGACUGCGGCCUCGACGACCGCAGGAGCAUCCCGCGCUGCGCGAGCCCGGGCCCGAAGGCGCAGAAGCCGGCGAGCCCCCCCCCGCCCAUGCGCCCGCGAGCGGAGGCGCCCGCCCAGGCCCGCCCCAGCCACGCGGGGAGGGCGCUGUCGGCGAGGGGGAGCCGUCGCCCGCGCUGCGAGUAG